AUGACAUCCAUAUCACCACCCAAAAGCAAGAGUAAAAGUCGAUCAUCGGCAACGACUGAUGACAACGAUGAACAGUACAAUAGAACGACACCCAAAGAGAAGUCCUUACGUGUCAAUGCUCUCAAGGCCGAACAUGAUAAAAUACGCAAUGAUCGAGCGCAUACAUUGAACAGCAAAUUACCAUCUUCCACCGAAAAGAGCAAACUUCAACGACAUACAAACACCGACUCACUCCCAUCAGCAGGUCAGAGUGCAUCAUGUGGUCAAUGUUUAACACCAAAUACAAUCUUCUACUGUGCGCUCUGUCUUUCGGAACGUAUAAUCUCCCAUCAUACAAAUGUACGCAGAGUGGAUGAAAUGCGACAAAAGGGAAAAAGAGAGGCAUCAAGUCUGCUAGGAAUAGAGUCGGUCGAUGAUCACCUGGAAAAUAUCGGCGUAGAGAAGGAGAGGGGACCAUCUGCACGAGCAAGCAUCGCUCCUCCGGAUCCAUUCGAGCAAACGUCAGAACACCUCGAAAAUCCGUCAUGGCAAGAUAUCGAUCGCAAAAGGAUGCUCAGAGCGAAUCGGUAUCAUCUAGCAAGGUUGAUGGACGAAGCAAAGGCGAGAAGCAGUCUACUGCGAGAAGACACCCGAAAGAGAAGAGAGAAGCUGGCAACCCGAGAGUCAGAACUUGCGAAGCGUAGAGAAAUGUUGGACAAAGCCAAUCGAUACAAAGAUGAUCCAUCUGCCACAGACGAGCAGAAAGGUAUAACGAUUCCUGGCAUUGAGCUACUGCGUGCAGACGUACAAAAUCUCAUGAGAGAGAACAAUCGACUCGGACAAAGGCUUGCUGGGACGAGAUCUGUUCUGGCUCAAGAAGCAUAUACUGUAUUCAGAGUGCAGCCGCCGGCAGGUACGAUGGCAAGUGCAAGAGCUGCACAAGGAAAGUCAGGGCCUACCUCUAGAUCGGGUCGCAGUAAGGAACGCUACAUUCCAGGUGCUUUUGUCUUUGAUCAACAGUCUACCAAACGUGUGGAACAAGUAAAAGCGAAAGGUCCAACAAAGGAUAACAAUGCCACCCCAAUCAAUCCGAACGACUGGACAAUCUUAGGGUUGGUAAUGCCGCUGUCUUCGGAUGUUAAAAGAUUUGAUCGACACAAAAUCAACGGUGCAAUAACGUACACUGUUCAGCUUCUGGAACUGGUCACUUUCUACCUUGGAAUCUCUCUACCAUUCUUGAUAUCGCAUUCAUCUGGCACGUUAUUCAUCAAGCCUAAUGCUCUUUGGGGAUCUGGAACAAGGCAAUCUUUGUAUCUGUCUUCCUCAUCGUAUACGACGCUGUCUGCAACGGAAUCCCAUACAGGUCAAUCGGGUUUUGGCUCGAUGGGAGCAUCGAUGAUUAGCAAUUUAGGAGCAUCAACAAUGUCAACUUUAGAAUCAUUUGUGCAAUUACCAAGCGGUAAGAAUCUACCCUGGUCGAAGAAUGCACCGACUACUGAUUCUGCAGACAUGCCAGUCCCAAGAAAGGAAGGCGUCGAUGAAAAGACAGCAGCUGCAACGAAACAAUUUUGUACGGCAUUGACGAUGCUGACUUAUGAUGUUGCUUAUUUGGCUCAUCAAGAGGGAGUUCAAGUUGAUAUUGUCAACGCUGCUGGCAGUAUUUUACGUCUUCUUCACAGAACGGUCAAUAGUCCAAAAGCAGGUUGGAAAGCACAUGCGACGCUCAAUAAAGAGCAUCGUCUUGAUGAUCUCACAUUUACCGAAUUAGACUUUCCUCAAUUGGCUCAAGUCAUUGAAGCUGGUGGCACACACUCUCGAAUAAAACAAGGAGCGUCCAAGUCCACUUCCACCUAUACAAAAGGAAGAGAAAGCCAAAAGAGUGCUGCAUCAAAGACUGCAACCUCUUCGAAUACGAAAGAAAUAAUUGACGGAAGCUAUAUCGAUGCUAGACAGGCAGCCCAGUCUAUUUUGGAUGUACGCAAAGCUGAAGCGAACGAGAAGAAAAAGGCGGUUGAAAUAGCGAAAGUCGGACAUGCGCCACCAGUAACGACAAAAAGAAGUUCUUUAGCAGCAGAAAGAGCGAGCGUUCCUUCUAGAUUAUCUACCGAUCGAAAAGCUCUACCAUCAAAUCGUGCAGGAACGCUCGACUUUCUUCGUUCUUCUGCUUUACCAACGCAACCAGGUCAUGCAGCAGGUGCAGGAAGAGAAUCGAAAAGUAGUGGCUCUAAUACAAGCAAAUCAGACGAAAAAAAGACGUCCGGCAGAGUUUCAACUUCCUCGAAGACUUCGAAAAAUGCCGAGUUGAAAUCUGGAACGGUUGUGCAAAAGGUACCCACGCCCACAUCACAAACCGGUGAUACAAAGUCAUCCACAGCUGCAACAUCAGGAGGAAAGGUGCUGUUUAAUGGGAAAGAGGUAAAAGGAAAAAGUACAGCAGAGUCGACGAAGCGCGGUACUACUCGUAUGCCAGUCGAUGGAAGAAAGCAUGACGAAGAUGAGGAUGGUUGGGCAGUUCUUUAG